GUUUAUUUAUUUAUUUUUAUACAAAAAAACAUUUAAACAAUGGAUUCAAUCAAUGAUCAAAACCGACGGCAAAGACUUCUUGAGCUCGAGGAACACAUCCUGAAACACAAAUCAGAGCUCAGUGUCGAUGGACUACUGGAUUGUGUUCAGGCGUUAGUCACUGAUUGUAAUCAUCCGGCCUUAAGACGACUCAAAAAUAUUGAGGCAUUUCUUCAAAGA